AUGGGCACUAUCUAUAACCAGUCCUAUUUAACCCUGAUUGCGAUGACAGGAAGCGAUGCUAGCUAUGGUCUUCCUGGCACACAAGGGCGGCAACGAUGUCCUCAGUGGACAGGCCAGACACAGGGUAUUUACCUGUUACAAGAAAUUGACGAUUACUCCUGUCUGGCCAGAGAAUCCAAAUGGAGCAGUCGAGGAUGGACAUUUCAGGAGUCAGUACUUUCCCCAAGAAUCCUGGUUUUUUCUGAUCAAGGCGUUUUCUACCAAUGCCAUCGCAAGUCUCAUUAUAAAGACGAGGACCAUGGAGAUCAAAGGCUUGACUACCCACUAACCCAAAUUCCACUGUCUUCAUAUGAUGGCCUAGUAUCCGAAUUCACGACUAGGGAUCUCACCUAUAAGUCCGAUAUACUUGACGCCUUCUCGGGGAUUUUGCACUUUGCAUAUGGAGUUGAGCAUCAUUACGGUCUGCCAUUUAGUGAUUUCAGUCGAGCCAUUCUUUGGAGAAUCAGAGACGGGAGAUACCCCAUGCGACCACCGUGCAUUCCCAAAAGAUUUCCCUCAUGGUCGUGGUCCUCUAUUGAUAAUAUCAUACAACUGCCCCAUCCUAUGUUGGAACAGGCUAAAAUUUCUGCAUCGUUAGCCCAAUGGGUAAUUCCGCCAAGGAAUAAACAAUUAUCAUUGAAGAUCCUCCCGAACCCAUCGACAGAAGAACAUGAGUUGGAUGGUGAUUUCGAUUCUGAUGACCCCGACAGCCAAGGACACCUACUGGCUCGUCUUGCUGUGUUGAUGGCCUGGAAAUGGGGGUGUUUCCCUGGGAGACUCCCAAAGUGCCUUAUCAGCGGAGCUACAUGGGAGCAAUAUGAUGCCAUCAUCCGCCAGAGAUGGAAAUCACUCGCCGGCAUGACUGACGAAGCAUAUUCCAUGCAAGGGGGGCAUCUUCCUGCCCAUGAACAAGAGACAAGAUUUCCAAUUCAAAUGCAAGAUGCUUGUACAGAUGGAUGUCUUAUGGUUUUUACCCAGUCAACGCGUCUUCAGAUCAGAGAAAACGAAACUUUUGGGAACUAUACCAAACUUCUCGACAAAUACAAUGAUGCAGUUGGGUGGCUCAUACCCAACAGUAUCAAUUGGGAGCAACUCAAGAAGAUUCCCAGGUGGAAUUGGGGUGCUGAGUUCGAUGUGCUGGCUUUGUCAAUCCCGUACGAGGGUCUGAAUAAAUAUAGUCGGGGAGUAGUAUAUGACCACAAGGCAGCAAACUGGUAUGAUUCGGCGGGAAACAGGCUUGUGACCAGAGAUCCCUGUGUCAAUUUGAUGGUUGUCGAGACGAAAAAUGGGAUCUGCAGGCGCAUUGCACUCGCACAGGCUUCUCUCAAAAGCUGGAUCAAGCGCCAACCCCAGUUUCACACCUUUAUCCUUGAUUAG